CACCCGCCCAAGCAGUGCGAUCAGUGAACGUGCCUCAAACGGUGGCAAAGCGGAAAGAAACAGGAAAGCGCUUCAAUAAAAGGACUAGUCCUCUCAACAACCAAUGACGCAACUUCCCGCCCAACGCUCGACGGCGUGCAACAUGUUGGUGGCUCUGUUGCUGCUGCUAAUGACAGCGAAAUCGCUGCAGGCAAGGCGUAUCUCCAGUCGACGACUGGUCAUCCACGUGCCUGUUAAGGUGAAAACGCAUCAUCACACGCACACCGUCUACAAGAUGUUGCAUGGUUCUGGUGGUGGCGGCAUUAAGCAGACUGUCUACAAGGUAGUGGGAUUUUCCGGAGAAGGUGGAACCGGCAAGGGACACGUCAGUCACAGUCUUGGGCACAAUCAUGGUGCAAGUCACAGUACCAGUCAUAGUCAUGGGUUGGACCAUGGAGAGAUCACGUAUGAGGAUAAGCAUGGCUGUGAGAGCGGAAAAGUGAUGCCGAUGUCUGGGCAUCGGGAUAUGCUAUUCAAUCACUAUGCGCGUCAUGACCAGGAGGAGUCGGAGGCGACUGAUUAUGCCGAGGAGCAAGACGAGUUCAUUGAUGUGAGGGAUGCCUGGUUGUGAAUCAAAUCGUGUGAAAACGUUGCAGAUUAAUUAUAAAAUUCCAGUUACCCAAACCAACCCAAUGCCCAGUCUUUCUCUUAGAAUUCCUUAAGCCUAGGUUCAAGCACUAGCUGCAUUUGCAUUCGCCUCAAAGUAAUUACAAAAUUGUUUAAGUCAUGUAAACGAAAUCAUUCGCCAUCUUAUCCACUUGGCUUUUCCUAAAGAAUUCCUGCCGCAAAGGCCAUGUCAAGCAUGAAGUUGACUUCGCGUUGUCGUUGUAGACGUCGAAAUCGAAAUCCGCAAACAAUUUGCUGUCUCGUACUGUCUUUCUGCCAAAUUCGCAUUUUAUUUGCCGGAGGACAGCUCAUGACUACGGUCAGCCGCGUCCUUCAACCUCAACAUCAAAUAUUUGCAUAGCUCUCGACUGCGAGCCAUUGCAUAUUUUUAGUGAACAAUUAAAAAUGGCAAACAACAAUGCAUGUCUUUGAAUACAAUUUGCAAGUUCGAGUACAGUUACAAUUCCGCUUCGGCAAAAUGGGAUCGAUGCCAAAUAUUAAAAUACUAGCCAGUUUGUAAUGAAACUUCGCUAACAAAGCUUUUUGUAAAUAU